UCUUCGACAUCACGGAUUCCACCCAUCUUUUCACUCUCGGAGUCUACUAUCAGAUCCCAACCUUUCUAUCCGCAAAGCGACUAUCACUCAUCUACUCUCGCAAUGCCGAAAAAUAAUUCUCUGCGCGAGCUUCUGCGUCGGUACAAAAAAUUCAGCACACAGCAUCUAGAAAUAAACUCCCCGAUAAAAAAGCGACGCAUUGUUGCUCUAGUCUGCACCGAAUGUCAGAAAAGAAGAUCUAAGUGCUCUGGUGCGACCCUAUGCACGACGUGUGUGACCGAAGGACGCCAGUGCUUAUACGACCCAGCUUGUGAUCAGAGACGCAAGGCUUAUACUGCCGAGCUAUUAAACUUCAGUGCCGCUCUUCGCCGAAUGGUUGCUAAUCUCCGCUCUGGAACGCCGGAGGAGAUAUUAUGGAUGAUCUGGGAGAUCCAAAAUUUGCCAACAGAACAAGACGCAGUCAAUCAUCUUGUUUAUGGGUACUCAAUGCAUAACGAUUUGGGAAUUUCUUAG